AUGUCGAAAGUUGGCUCCUCGGACGACCCCGCCGCGGACGUCGCGGCGUCUCGCUCCGACGGUAAGGUUCAUCUCCUGCUGGCCUCAAGCGGCUCAGUAGCGACAAUCAAGCUGCCCAACAUCAUCCAGGCCCUCAGCCACCACAAGAACCUCUCCAUCCGGGUGAUCUUGACGGCUUCGGCAACAGAAUUCCUCAAUGGAUCGACAGAAGAACAACCGUCACUAGCGGCCAUCCGCGCCAUGCCCAACGUCGACGGUCUGCAUCUCGAUGCGGACGAAUGGGUUCAGCCUUGGCGCAGGGGUGCUAGUAUUCUCCACAUCGAGUUGAGGAGAUGGGCCGAUCUCAUGCUUAUUGCGCCUCUGUCAGCUAAUACGCUUGCAAAAGUAGUCAACGGCUUUUCAGAUAAUCUCCUGCUGAGUGUCGUCCGCGCAUGGGAUCCCGAAGGACUGGUCGACGGGCGGAAGAAGAAGAUUCUAGUAGCCACUGCUAUGAACACUGCCAUGCACGUACAUCCCAUUACAUCAAAACAGGUCAAGGUGCUUGAGGAGGAGUGGAAGUGGUUUGAGGUGUUGAAACCCAUGGAAAAGACUCUUGCGUGCGGUGAUACAGGUAGCGGCGCGAUGAUGGACUGGCGGGAAAUAGUUCAGAUUACAGAGGAGCGUCUUGGGUUGAAGCCAGCAGCACAAGGAAAUCAUUAA